CCCUUGUGUCUCCUGCUCUCACAGAUGUACUCUUCUCUUUAGGCCAGCAUGGUGCAUUCGUUGAUUGAGGCGUAUUGCCUGCUCGACCAGAUGAAGAUAGUCAAGCCAAAAGUGGCCUCCAUGGAGGAGAUGGCAAGUUUCCACACAGAUGCUUACCUGCAGCACCUGCAGAAGGUCAGUGAGGAGGGGGAUGAUGACCAUCCGGAGUCUGUGGAGUAUGGACUGGGUUAUGACUGUCCAGCCACUGAAGGGAUCUUUGAGUAUGCGGCGGCCGUGGGAGGAGCCACCAUCACUGCAGCCCAGUGCCUGCUGGACGGCAAGUGCAAGGUAGCAAUUAACUGGCCUGGAGGGUGGCAUCAUGCAAAGAAGGAUGAAGCUUCUGGCUUCUGUUACCUGAACGAUGCCGUCCUGGGGAUCCUGCGGCUGCGCCAGAAAUUUGACCGUGUGCUUUAUAUCGAUUUGGAUUUGCAUCAUGGGGAUGGAGUUGAAGAUGCCUUUAGUUUCACCUCGAAAGUCAUGACUGUUUCUCUGCACAAGUUUUCACCAGGAUUUUUUCCAGGCACUGGUGAUGUGACAGAUGUUGGCCUGGGGAAAGGUCGCUAUUACAGCGUGAAUGUGCCCAUUCAAGAUGGCAUUCAAGAUGAGAAAUAUUACCAGAUCUGUGAAACCGUGCUGAAGGAGGUGUACGCCGCCUUCAACCCCGACGCGGUCGUGCUGCAGCUGGGGGCCGACACCAUCGCUGGGGACCCCAUGUGCUCCUUCAACAUGACGCCCGAGGGAGUGGGCAAGUGCCUCAAGUAUGUCCUGCAGUGGCAGCUAGCAACUCUCGUGCUGGGGGGAGGAGGUUACAACCUUGCCAACACAGCUCGCUGCUGGACAUACUUGACUGGGGUGAUCCUUGGGAGAACACUGUCCUCGGAGAUCCCCGAUCACGAGUUCUUCACAGAGUAUGGUCCUGAUUACGUGCUGGAGAUCACCCCAAGCUGCAGACCAGACCGCAACGAGCCACAGAGAAUUCAAGAAAUUCUGAACUCUAUCAAAGGGAAUCUGAAGCAUGUUGUUUAGCAGAGGAGGAAGGCUCAGUUUCUGCAAGAGCAUUUGCCAUGGGGAAGACAGCGUAUUUACCUGAGCAACUGGUGAAAUUUGUGGCUGCAGGGAAAAUUUGGAAGAAAUUACUGUUGGUUGGUUAAUUUUUUUUCUCUUUUAAGAAGAAAAGCUGCUGCACAUCACGAGCACUGUGGCUCUCCCCAGGCAGGAGUGUGGGCCCUCCAGCCACAGCCUUCCAGUGCUGGCAGAGCCUCCCUUGCUCCUUCCCCUUUCCUUUUUUAACACCACAGAGUUUGUUCUCACAACUGAUUUUAAAUGUUUUUUAAGAGAGAGGCUGCUCAGAGCUUCAAGCCCUCCCCAGGUGGAGCCCAGAGCCACGUUACCUUCCUGGCAGGGGCACAGCCUUGGAGCUGCCCACCUGGGAAGCAGAGCCAAG